AUGGAUCGAGACAGUGAAGGAUGUAUGAAAAAGAUCAGCAGUGUGAAUCUUGACAAGCUUAUAAAUGACUUCUCACAGAUGGAAAAGAAAAUGAUAGAAACCAGUGGAAAGAACAAUAUAUUGGAGAUGAAGUUGAAAAAGACUAAGUGUUUGUUAAAAUUAUUGCAAACAAAGGAGGUUGCAAUUAAAGAAGAAUGUGCUACUCUUCAUAAUAUGAUAAAAGGGUUACAACAGACCAUUGAAUAUCAACACCAUUUGAAAGGUGAAAAUGAACAACUGAAAAGAACUGCUGAUCUUAUAAAAGAAAAGUUAAAAUCUCAUGAACAGGAGUAUGAAAAUAAUAUUGCCAAACUUUUAAAUGAAAUGAAAAUCAAAGAGGAUGAACAUAAGAUAGAAAUAAGCAAUGUUUAUCGGGACAUGCAGAAAAAAGUUGAAUUAAAUGAAGAAAAGUACAAAGAACUAAUAAAGAAAAAGGAGAUGGAAAUUUCAGAGUUAAAAGUAAAAUUAGAAACUCAAGAAAAGAGAAAACAAAAUGAAAUAAUCAAACUACACCUGGAGUUCGAUGCCAAACUAGCAAAAGUUCAGACUAAAUCAAAAUCAUAUCCAGAUGCUACUGUUUUGCCACAGAGUAUCUACAGAAGGAAGCUUCAACAUCUUCAAGAUGAAAAAAAUAAAGAGAUUGCAGGUCUUCGUAACACCAUUCGUGAUUUAGAGCAACGCCUUUCUGUUGGCAAAGAUUCUCACCUUAAGCGUAGACGAUUUUGA